UAAAUUCAACAGAGCCCAGGAGGUUUUAGGGAAAUUUUUAUAUUAUUACGGUAAAUACACGUUCAAAAGUAGGGCGCAAUAUACCCUUCACUUACGUUCGAGCGACAGUGCUUUGACAGGUGCGAUGGUGUUGAUCUGUGAGGUACUCCUGUCCGAACAGAAAAUAGGAAGUAUAUAAAUGAACUGCAUGGAAUAGUUUGCAGUCUCAAUACCAACAUCAUGAGCAGCAGGGGCAACACAGUGACACUUCUUCACCUCCUGCAAUGCAACACAUCUAAGGAAUUUGCUAACAAGAUAGUUCAGCUUUGUGCAAAUCUUCCCAGCCGUGGUGGCUUGCUAAGCAGUGUUGUUGAAGGCUUGUCUGAGUUGAGCCGCCCACAACUGGAUCUGCUAUGGUCACUUGCUGACAGCUGCUUCACGGAAUACAUGAAGUCUUACCUCAGUCCAGAUGAUGGUGAUGAAGAUGAGCAGAUGCAAACUGACUCCAAUGCUUCUCCCAGAAGAAAUUCUCUUGUGGCUACUGAACCUGAUGUAGAUCCUGAUGAUGACUUGGAUGCAGUUAACGCAAAUAUUGUAUUACAAUGCAUACUACGACUCAUGCUUCUGUAUAUUCAAGCUUUGCCCAUCCCAAAAGAAGAUGCUGAAGAGACUAAUAUCAACCUGCAUGUUCCUGCCAGUUUCACUAAAGUUGUGUUGGUGGUGGGUGGGGUGCUGGAGGUGGUCGAGGAUGAGGUGUGCACUUCAGCUGCUCUUCUCUGUGAGGAAUACUCGAUCAGAAAGCUGCCACACGCCCAGGUCUUUGCUCCUCAUCUCUUCACUGUCUUGGUUCGAUUCUCCCUUGAGAAGAAAGCUAAGGUUUUGGAGGUCAAAUUCCUUGGCCUUGUCUUGGCGCACAAGAGCUGCACCGAGGCCUGUCACCGCAGCGUGAAGCAGUUCCUGCCGCGCUGCACCAAGACUCAGGCCAACAAGCUCGGCCAGGUCUACUGCAGGGCUUGGAGGGCCAUUGACAACCAACACAAGAAGGAUUUUGAGGAUAAGUGCCUGCAGGACCUGAUGUUCCGCUACGUCACAGUCCACCCCAUCGAGUCAGCUCAGCUCUCCAAUAACUUGCUGGCAUUCCUGCAUCCCCUGCACGUGCAUCAGAAACUCCCAGCCUUCUCCAGCGUCCUGCAGCGCCUCUACAGCCCUUUUCUGUGGGGUCAUCUCACCUGCGCCAACGGCCUGGUGCGCGCGAACGCCACCAACGCGCUGUGCUCCGCCUACCCAUUGGAGGAUCUGUUAAGCCCUCUGGAGGAGAGAGACCAACACCUCACGCGCUGCCACACUGCUCUCACAGAGGCCCUCAUGGACGACUGUGUCGAAGUCAGGAUUAUUGCCAUUCAAGGUGUGUGCCGCAUCAUGCAGUCGUACUGGCUGGCCCUGCCAAAGGCCGUCAUUCAGUCCUGGUUUGGGUUGUUGCUCACGCGUCUCGCUUACGACGCUUCAUCUGUCAAAGUCAGGCAGCAUGUGAUUGCAAGCGUGCGCAGAGUCGUGGACUGCAAGGACGCGCUGCCGUUCCUGCAGCAGUGCCUGCCACAGCUGCGCGACUGCUUUGACGACUGCAACGUCGCCGUGCGUGGGGCGAUGGUCAAACUCUUGCUCAGGCUUCAGGCGCUCAGGCUUAUCAAAUACUGGAACGUGGUGCCUGUGUCGCACAUACUGCACAGACUGGCCGUCGAUACCACCAUCAUUGCCAAGCCCAUCACCCGCCUCCUCGCACCCGUCUUCCUCCCAAUACAGAAGAAUGACGAAGAGCUCUUGGAAAGAAUAAUAUCGCUGUUGUCGGAGAACAGGCUGGCGUCGCGGGUAUUUUACCAGCACAUCAGCCAGGGUCUGGACGUGGGCUCAGUUGUCAGAGUCAUGCUGGUCAUCUAUAAGGCGCUCAGGCGCCACCUCCUCUGGCAGAAACACAAUCGCAGUUUAGAAGGACAACAGGCUGAGCAACCUCAUGGCAAAAGGGCUCGAGCUUCUACGAGCGACAAAGAAAAUACAGAUACGGACACGCUCAACAUGAGUGACGAUGCACGCCAGGCUUGCACUAGCGCUAGCAGCAGCAGCAGUAAACGCAAGAACAAGAACUCGAACAAACGUAGGGAAGCAACGUCCGUGAAGAAGACUUCUCUACAAGGUGCUGCUGGCUGCUCUAAAAGCAGUGUUGAAUCAUCGUCCAGGAAUAUUCAUGAGAAUUCGGCCCUAGAUUCAUCAUUAGAUGAGUCUUGUGUUGAUAGCAAUAUAGCCGCUAAAGCAUCGGACUCUAUGCAUGACAGCUCGGGAGUGACAAAAUCUGGAAGAAUAUCAGAGUCGAAGAGCGAUGCCAGCAGCAGCUGCUCAGACGGGGAUGACCCCAAGACGAGCCCUUUUGAGGACCUUGACAUUGUGGGAGGGGCGCUGGACGCUGUGGUGAUCCUGUGGACCGCCAACGCCACCACCCUCGCCCUCCCCCACAACGCCAAGUGGCUCGCCCUGCUGCAGGCCAAGGUCGCCAGGGGCCUGCCGCUGCUCUGCUCUGAAUAUAGGCACGAGAGCGACCUGUCACGCACGCUGCUGCACCUGGCGAGCUUCCUGCCGCGGUCGCUGGUGCCUACGUUGGUGAGCCACUGCCUCACGCGCCUCAGGGCCCUAGACGACUUCUCAUCCGUCGACUUGUCCCUCGACUCAGGCAAAUGCGCUCACCUGACGUACGUGUCGGCGCUAUGCAACUGGAACCGCCUAGAUGAUCUGCUGGAUAUGAUCCACGAGUGGUUGACGGCUGCUUUUGACUCGGUUCUUGCAAACGCUCCUGCAUCUCAGGGAGAAAAAUCAACUGCUGCGUCUAACUGCAGCGGUGCGAAAGAAACCAAAAGCCGUUCUAAGAACGUCAACACUCGAAAUGUUCGAUUCACUUUGCCGGUUUCUAAGAAGAAUAACUCCGAGCCGAAGCCAUUUGUUGGUAUGGUGAUACUGAAGGCCAUCUUGACUCACCGGCUCAAUAGGAAUGCUCUCAUAAACAACAACCGGCCGCUGCUGCUUAACCUGCUGCCAGUUAUGGAGAGAGUUAAGAGCUGCAUCGAGGCUCGGCUACUGGGUGCACCAAGCAGCCGUCUCUGCCCAGACCAGUUGCUGCUGAGCUGUUGGCAGGAGUGGUUGUGUAUCACGGCUCUCCUGCACCUCCAGCCUUCUGCAGACCAGCAGCCAGCCAAGAACAAGCGAUCUACCGGCAGGAAUCCGCGACGGGAGCUCGUGAGCCUUUCCUCAGGGGAGCAGGAUGCGGGGGCCGUGCAGGAUUUUGACGCUGCAGGACGCUUCAUGGAGUGCAUUGCCUGGACCCAGAGAUGCCUGUUUCCCUACCUCGUUGCCAAAACAAAUGAAGAGGCCCGUGAUCUGGACCUCAACAUGACCUCUCUCAGCAUCUCUGACGCCGCAACUCAAUCGUCCUCUCACUCCAGCAGCCUUACUCCCCAAACAAGUCUCUCACUCAGAACUAGGAAGCGGAAGCUCUCACCUGAGGAAGCUGUAGUCGCCACAUCCCAACUAGUCAGUUCAGAACACAGCAGCGUGGGCUCUACAGAAGACAUGGUCAGGCUGCUCGUGUCUUCCUUGUUGCGGAUGAUCGCUGGUGUGAUCGCCACCAGCGCUGCAACUCCAGCGUUGGUUGAUGCAGGGACCAAGCUUGCAGUCCUAGCUAUUGACAAAGACGGCAGUCCAGGCAUAACUUCGUCGUGCCUCACCCUCGCCGCGCAGUGCCACCAGUUCCUCAAGGUUUACAGUGACAAGUACUCGGCGUACAUAACGCACGCUGCUCAGAGCAGCUCUGACGGCACAGCAGCACCAGACUCGUCAUCCAGGGAAGUAUAUUCGUCUCCCGACGAGGUGCUCUUCAACACUGCCUUUGACAAUGCGAUCCAGCGACUCUCGUCUGCUGAAGUCGGUUCGCUGUCCCGCUACAUGAGCAACAGUCUGUCGUUUCUAGAAGGUCCGUCUCCUGAGAGCAAGAAGACAAUGACUGCCGUGUUUCGCCAUUACCUUCGUUCCUGCAUAUCCAGAAUCUGUGAUAGACGACUACAGUCGGCAGAAGACGUGUCAGGGAGCAGCGUCGGAGCUGUGCUGAGCGUCACGACGACGAGGGCUGCUCUUGCUCGCCCAACUGUGGCUGCGUUGCUCUGGGCCUCUGCUAAUACCUUACAGACCGACUCAGAUCGUGAAGCGGCGUUGCUGAUCGUCGAACACCUACGGCAGCAACCAGGCAAAGUAACGGAGCGGGAACUAACGAGUGUUGUGGCAGUCAUCAAUGCCUCACGUCAGAAGGAAGCCGUCUCUUCGGUUACAGCUCAACAGCGACUCAGAACAGAUGCCUUGAGGGAGAGUUCGCCCAAUGUUUCAGGAGACAACAUUGAGGAGGAAUCCGCAAACGUGCCCAAACGCAUCGAUAGAGACAAGAAUGAACGGGGGCAGAACAAGGAGAACGUCGCCAGUGGGAGUGGCCAGGGUGCGCGCUCAAUGUGAACGUCUAGUUAGUAGCUGAUGGUUGACGGUAGCGAUCUCGACGUAAAAUGAUCUUUUGUUGUACAAUGUAAGGAAAAGUUGUAUUAGCAUUAACAUGACAUUAUUCCUUGUCCUGGCAUUAUUGUCAAUAAGACUACAUUUGAUACCAGGUUGUUUUAUUUAUGUUCAUGAAACGGUUCAUUGAAGAAAAAUUAAACUUUAC